AUGUCCACCAGUAACAACAACAAACUUGAAUAUUCAAGCCUUUCCAAUCAUCAGUGCCAACCUUUAGAGUCCAAGAAUAACACAGCAACAUCUUUGGAAUUCUCCAAUGCAGGAUAUAUCAAUGGAUCUUUUCUCGAUUUGGAAUCCAUGAAGAGAAAAAGACUUCACAUUCAACUUUUGCCAGACGAUGAAAUUGUCCUUACGAGUAAUUCAUGUUAUGAAAUUAAGGGAACUGUACAGACUUGUGAAGAUACAAAUGAGUCAUUGGAGGGCAAACAGGUUGUCUUGGUGAAAUCAAGAUCCACUUCGUUCUACUUGACCAUAUUUAAUUCUGAGCUCAUCAUCUCUCAAUGCAAACCACCUUUUUCGAUAUUUCUCAAAGACGUUAACUCGUGUAAGGUUUUCCGAGAAUCCUCACUCCUUGCAACACCAAAGAAUUUUGAGGUCUCUUUAUGUGGUCAAUGUUUGACAAAACUUCUGUCAUCUCUAACACCGGAAAGCAAGAAACGAAUUGUGAUUGAGUUGCUUUGUGAAACUCAAUUCAUUCAUUCGAGAAAUAUUAUUCACAACGACAUCAAGCUGGAUAACGUUGUCAUUUAUACGGACAAGAAACAACUGCAAUAUUCAAAAUAUAUUGAUUUUGAGCUGUCUAAAAGGUUUGACAAGUACAAUAUGAACGAAGAAGUGUGUACUGAUAACAACGCAGAGACAUUAUUUUCAGGAUCGGGCACUCCUGGAUAUUAUCCUCCAGAAAAAUUAGCCGUCAUGAAUGACAGAAAUACUGUUGACCUUAGAUACUCGUUAACUCCAAAAUCCGACAUUUAUUCAUUAGGAAUUGUGCUCUUAGAAAUUCUUACUGGCAACAGUGUAAAUGAUUCUUAUUCAAUUGAAGAUGCAUUCACAACACUCUCACGAGACCAUGAUUUUGCAAGUAUGCACGGAAUAAUUUCAUGUAUGAUUCAUCCAGAUAAAUCAAAACGCCCAACGGCAAGCAUGAUUCUUCAAACUCUCAUUCAAGAGAAGGGAUGGGAUUUAAAACUGGCACACGAAGGCUGGAAGAAGGCACGAACUUCAUUGACUGAAGAUUUCUGGAAAACUCAUGGUGUGCUAGAAAGGGAUUUGUUCGAUGAUGCAAUCAACAACGUCACUUUGGAGCAACUUGUACAAGUCACAACCACUUCCGAGUCAUCAGAAGAAAACAAGAAACGAAACAAUCACCCUACAGUAGAUGUCACAGCAAACAAGAAAUGGAAACAUGCUAGCAACAAAUAA